AUGACAGGGGAUAGUCAGCACCUAUCAAACAAUGCAUUUAUCGUACACGAAGCCCAGCUGACUGGACUGCCAUAUUCAGUGCCCGAGAACCUCUGUGAUCUUUAUAUUCCCCCACCAAAUGAGGAGUCGUCAUUAGUCGACUUUCACUAUCGGCAACUGUCAAGUUUGACUGGUCCGGUCAUUGUUUGCCUGCAGUCUGAGAAGAGUCCUACUUUAUCCACGGCUGCGGAAGUUAAUGAGCAAAUCGACGAAGUUACGGCACAGUUACCAGUCGGAUAUCUGGAUCUGGAGCAGAUCAGACUAUGUCGAGAUGCCAAAGAGAGACACACUCGGGCCUUCCGCCUGGUUCACGUUCACAGCUUGAAGGCACAACUAUACAUGCCGUUAUUCUUGCAGGGGUCCCAUGACGACAAGCAAGGGUAUAGCCGGAUGGCUUGUUCGGCGCCGAGUGCGCUAACAGCAGCGGUGAUUCUCUUUGUGAAUCUGCUCGGCUAUGGAAGGAACGCUGCCGCAGAUGCAGUGCAAGAGAGAGCCGCCGAUAAAAUCCAUGAUAAACUCGUGGAAAGCAGUCUAGAAUUGCGCAAAGGAGAGCGUCGCGAGAUUGUCGUGCCGUACUUUGGCAGGGUGACUGGUGACCGCAGAGAGGGUGCUUCGCAGGCUGCUGAUCCCUGGCUAGAGACGUCAGGCGUAGCAGCACCUUUGUUGGAGUCGAAUGUCCAUAGCGUCGCUAACUGGUCUGCUCUGCACGAUGACAUUUGCCUUUCGUAUUCCAGUCCAUGGACGGUGCAAGAGAAUCAUGCAGAAAGGCUUGUUGACAAUGCCGAUGCAGCAGCAGCUUUCGACUGCACAACCGGGCCUGAUUACGGCUUUAGCCAAUACUAA